UAUUUUGACAGUCAGAAAGAAGCCCUGCGAGAAAAGCUAGAAAACUUUUCUAUAAGUCAUCCAGAUGUAAAAGACAUCAAGAUUCUGGUAGCUGGACAAAUUGGAGCAGGAAAAUCCAGCUUCAUUAACUCCAUCGAUAGCGCCCUUCGAGGACGAAUCUCCUCUAGAGCGCUAGUUAAUUCAACUGCUGGUGACAGUCAUAGUUUCACAAAAAAACUCACAGGAUUCACCAUCAAAAGUGAGAAAACAACUUUGCCCUUUGUCUUCAAGGACAUCAUGGGCUUACAACCUGAAGCAAUGGCUGGGUCACGACCAGAAGACAUCAUAAAUGCUGUGUUUGGACAUGUCAAUGAUGGCUAUAAAUUCAAUGAAGAGCAGAAACUCACUUCUGAUGAUCAACGUUACACCUCUGACCCCAGCCUCUCCAACCAGUGUUUUUGCCUGGUUUAUGUCAUAGCCGCAGAUACAAUCCAAUUCAUAGAUGAGCGACUUAUUGACAAGCUGAAGAUUGUCCGCGAGAAAAUCAGUGAAAAGGGGAUUCCUCAAGUCCUUGUUAUGACUAAAGUGGAUGAAACAUGUCCUCUGGUCAAAAAAGAUCUGAGGAAGAUAUACAUUAGCAAGAGGAUCAAGGAGAAGAUGGAUUUGUGCAGUGCUACAACUGGUGUGCCCUUGACAAACAUCUUCCCAGUGAAGAACUACCAUGAUGAGAUUGACACAAAUGAUCUGACUGAUGUUCUGAUGCUUAAGGCACUUGAACGUAUUAUUCAGAUUGCUCAUGAUAAAUUGAAGGAUACUGAAAGCCACUGACAAAAAUCAAACACACACACACACAUUUGUUUUUGUGAAUUGUGGGGACUUUCCAUAGACUUCUAUAGAUUUUAUACUGACGAAACGAUAUUGUCUAUCCCCUAACCCAACCCUAGCCCUAGCCCUCAUAGAAAACAUGUUUGCAUCAUUACACUUUCAGAUAAACAUCAUUUACUAUUUUUAAUCAUUUUUUAACAUUGUAGGGACCGCAAUUUCAGGUUUUACUAUCCUUGUGGGGACAUUUGGUCCCCACAAUGUAGCAAAAACAAGUACACACACACACACGUAUUUCUAUUUUUCAAAUAAUUAAUGUAUUUCCUAGUCUAGCUUUCUAUGUGAAAAGAAAUGCAGAAGUGGCAUUAGCAGGUACAGAGUUUAUAAAUGAAGCACUGAACAUUU